CCGCCCCCACGCUUCUCAGACGGGAAGCACUCUGAUCACAACUUCUCAAGCAGCUGUGGAGUGGGACAUCCGUGACAUCGCGCAGUGUCAACAAGCUACAAAACGGCCAAAAUGUAAAGCAAAACCUGCAGUCGCUCACCGCUUCGUGAAAGUAGGUGUGGAUCGGAAACGUGCUACAGACUUAAAAAACGAUGCGUAAAGUUUCGAUUGCUCUGUAUGGAUGCGCAAUAAUCUGUGCGUAAAAAGUGAACCAAAGACAGAAGUAAAAAUUCUCAGGCGGAUUUCUCAGUUAAGAUGGAUGCGUCAGUGAGCCUCUGGGACGUCGCGAAAAGCUGACACGGAAAGGAACAACCGACACAGUUUAUAGGCGCUUUCCGGAGUUUGGUGACGGAGCCGGAUCGGAGCGCGUAGUCUGGCAGCGGACGCUUCACAAGCCUAUGAAUUGAGUUUAUCUGGGGAAGCAGACUUUAUGUAAGAAGUAGGGCAACACCGCCCAACUUGUUCUUUUCGUCAUGCGUAAAGACGUUUUGUCGUCCAUCAUCGUGUUGUGACAGAGUUCAGCUCCGAAAGGUCAAUUCCACAGAACGCUGCCUCCAGCUGAUGCCGCAACUCCAGACGGGGUUAGUGGAAAGUUUUGCCAUUUACAUCCUCGUCUGCCUCCUAUCAACAUGAACGAGAGUGCUGAGUGUGCCGCGGCUGACAGCUACUCAGACGGGGAGAGCAUCAACCUCAGCGUGCUCAACUGGAAGCAAGUGCAGCGGCUGGACACCAUACUCACGGGCUCCAUCCCCAUUCACGGCCGAUGGAGCUUCCCGACUCUAGAGGUGAAGCCACGGGAUAUCGUCAAGGUGGUCCGCAGCCGCAUGAAGGAGAAGCGAAUACAUGUUCGGGAGGUGCGGCUAAACGGAUCGGCAGCCAGCUAUGUCCUGCACGAGGACAGCGGCCUGGGAUGGAAAGAUCUAGACUUAAUAUUCUGCGCUGAGCUGAAAGGAGAGAUAGAGUUUCAGAUAGUGAAAGAUAUAGUUCUGGACUCACUCCUAGACUUCUUGCCCGAGGGAGUGAAUAAAGAAAAGAUCACACCAGUGACCUUAAAGGAGGCAUAUGUGCAGAAGAUGGUGAAGGUGUGUAACGACUCAGAUCGUUGGAGUCUCAUCUCGCUUUCCAACAACCGCGGCAAGAACGUGGAGCUCAAGUUUGUGGACUCUCUCCGUCGGCAGUUUGAAUUCAGCGUGGACUCUUUCCAGAUUCGCCUGGACUCACUCCUCCUCUUCUACGAGUGCUCAGAGCACCCGAUGGCUGCCACUUUCCACCCCACAAUCCUUGGGGAGAGCGUCUAUGGUGACUUCCCCACCGCACUCGAUCACCUGCGCAAGCGCCUCAUCUGCACAAGGAGCCCUGAGGAGAUACGAGGCGGGGGCUUGCUGAAGUACUGCCACCUGUUGGUUCGGGGUUUCCGUGCAGCUUCCGAAGCCGAGAUGAAACUGCUGCAGCGUUACAUGUGCUCGCGCUUCUUCAUAGACUUUCCUGAUGUAAGUGAGCAGAGGAGAAAGCUAGAGUCCUAUCUGCAGAACCACUUUGUAGACCUGGAGGACAGGAAGUAUGACUACCUGGCCACGCUGUACAGUGUGGUGCAGGAGAGCACUGUAUGCCUGAUGGGUCAUGAGAGGCGUCAGACUCUCAGCCUCAUCUCUUCACUGGCCCUUCGGGUUCUGGUCGAGCAGAAUGCCAUCCCCAAUGCUGCCAAUGUCACCUGCUUCUACCAGCCAGCUCCGUAUGUCUCUGAUGGCAACUUCAGCAAUUAUUACAUAGCACAGGUUCAGCCUGUCUACUCAUGCCCACCCUCUCCUCCUCAGCAGUACCUUCCUCCUUUGCAGCAUCCCAUGUAUGCCACUUGGUUGCCCUGUAACUAAACCUUUUGUAUAUCCAUGCACUGUUGUGUAACUGCUGGGACUCACACCCCCUAUAAAAGGGAGGAAUGAUGAUCUUUUUAUCUCACUCCUUGAGAUCGGAGGUUCAUGGAAAGGAAAAAUGGAAAACAGGAGACAAGAUUAGGCAGCAAAGAAGUGAAUCAAGGAAGGGCAAGAAAAUGAAGACAAGGAACCAGGACCAAAGCAGUUGGUUAAAGAAAAGUUUUUUUCCUGGGUUAGGAUGCUACACAUAAGAUGAGCACACAGGGAGAGAUGCCAGUAAGUGGGGCUGGCCUGCCAGUUCGAGGGUUUGAUAGCUCAAACCAUUGCUGAGGCUCGGAGUCUGAUGUGCUGUAAGUUCUGGCAUGUAAGCACAGCUUCACAUUAUAAACCAAAAACACAGGAUCACAAAGAGCAGCAAAGGACACUGAAGAUGGUUUGAUUCACAUAUUUACCCUCUGCACUGUGUCUGUGCGUGAUGGGAACUUUGUUUUCACAGACAAUGCAAAAAGAGGAACUGAAUACUGUUUACAAACCCAAAGAUCUGCUUUGUUACUCAAGUUACUCGAGUUUUUUCUGAACUCUGACAAAAAAAAACAACAAAAAAACCAACAAAAAACACACACACAACAAAACAAUGCAUGCUUUAUUUCUGUACAGGAAUACAUUUUUUAAGUGCCUAGUUAAAGCCUAAAGGGAAGAGUUAUUUUUGUGAUUCUUUAUCAUAGAGUACUAUUGAGUUCUCUCAUGACAUUUUCAAGAUGAUAAUGAAUGUACUGAUAGAAAAUUUACAGAUGCUGACUAAGGUCUCUAACACUGAGGGAGGUAUUUUACCAACUGAUGUAUUUUUUUUAACAGUGUUUGGUUGAAGAUUAUGUUCUUAUCAGCAGUCCUACUGGACAAGUACACAUCCUGAUUACCAAAGAGGAAGUAACAACAUAAUCUCAUCAUCUGUAGAAGGGGGGGGGGGGGGUUAAAAUGCUUAUAAAAAUAGAUGGUUAUUUCGAGAGGAGAGGGGGUUGCAAAAUAAGGUGGGUGAGUGUAUAGCAACCUAUUUAUUUAAAAAGCACCUUUUGCUAUUUUUUGUACACUUUGCCAGAUGCAAACUAAAAUGCAAAUUAAAAGAACAAAUUUAAAUAUAUACCGCUCGAGCUUACUUAAAGGGACCCUGUGGAGUUUCUUUCUUUGUUUACACUAUUUCCCUGAGGUCUAAAAAGUACAUUCAACACUGUUGGUCAGUAAAACAGUAUGAAAUGAACUGCAGCAAUCUCACCAGGGUGUAAUCAGAACAAACAGAUAAGUCCCAGCACUUUGACUCAGACCGGGCCACUGCAAUGGGAUCACACUCUACCCAUCUUUGCGGUCCCCCGAGUAUGCAUAUUAGCCAUGCCACUCCCUUAAAACACUAAAGUUUGCAGUGAGCGAAAGGGAAUCAAGGAAGGUUAAGCAAUUGGAAAUGCACUUUCAAAAAUUGGCUAUCCAAACAUGCCCACCUUUCUGCAAUGAAUCCUAAAACAAAUGUGAGAGGGAGAAAGUAGACAGCAAACUGUAGGGCCAAAUAAAAGUCAGCUCCAAGAAGAGUAAUGAUCGACUGACUGCCUAAAAACACAGGAAAUGAACACUGUUAAUGAUAAGUGGAGGUUAACAAAAAUAACCAAACUUUUCCAUUUAGACAACUUAUUAGCAUUACAAGAAACAGCAGGGACAAAAUAUCAGAUUAACUGUCACAGUCUUAUCUGUUAAAAAGUUAAUAUAGUUACCUGAGACACAUGACAUCACUCACAUAAUUAGGAAUUAUUCACAUUCCACUAUAACACUGAAACGAUAACUAGCUAGCUAGGAAACUACAUCAUCAUUCAUAGAAGUGCCAGCCAAAUGAAUUCAAGCAAAGGCUGCAGAGACAGUUUAAUUGUUAUCAACAGAACUUUUAAAAAGCUAGUUUGUGCACUACUUUUAUCAAGGGGAUUUUAACUGGUUCAUGGAAUCCAGAGUACUGUAGCCUUAUGCUAAUUAUCGUCAUCUCAUCAUCAUCAUCAUCCUCAUCAUCUGUGCCAAGAAUGCAGCCCAUUGUUAGCUGACUCUCUAUGCUUUCCUGUUUUCCUCUUCUUUUUUCCCUCACCCUUUGUAGGGUCUUUACCUUACAAUAUAAAUGCCCCCUGAGGUGAUGAAUUGGCACUAUAUAAAAAAAAAAAAAAAAACACUGAACUGAAUUUAAUUGGUUUCUGCUUGCUGCAGGUUUUCUAUUCCCUUUACUCCCAGGUUGUCUUCUUCUCACAGCACCUACUAAUCAUCUGCUGCAGCCCGCGGGUCCUCAACCCUAAAACACUAAGAUCAGAUGAUUUUCUCACUCACGUGUUCUAGGGUUAAUCUGAUGAAUUUAGCACCUGUGUUUUGUCUUUUGGAUUUCUCCACAAGUGCCUUGCCUUUUUCUCCUAUCCAUAUUGGCUCUCUGACUUUUUUCCUGAUGUGCUGUUGAAAGACCAGCCUACAGGAAAAGUGUCCAGUCUGCCAGAUGACCAGUCCAUCCCCGGACCUCAUGCAUAGCAUCACAUGUGCAUGUGCAUCCUCAAACACACGAUACGACCAAAAACCUUGCUCUAUUGAGCGCCUAAAAUCAAAAACUCUACAGGGUACCUUUUAGUCAUAAAUGCAUAAAUGCAACAGAAAGUUUUAAAACAUGGGCAAUCAGUUUUCCAAAAUUUACACUGGAAAGUUAUAAUACAUAGAAGACAUUUUUUAAGUCUUUUUUUUUAAUCAAAUGCAUUAAGAUUUAAACAUAUUUUGUGUGCAGUUUGAAUGCAUUUUGUCACAAUGUAUCUGCUUGAAAAGAAAAAAUGUUACUAUGUGUAAGAGAAAAAAAGAAGAACUGUGUUACAAACUCUGAGUUUGUCAGAGGAGUGAAAGUUAGAUUGUGCAUGCAAGCAUGUUGCAAUAGAGCACAGGCCCAGCAAGCAGAGGAGAACACAGAUGACAGCUGUUGAAAUUGGUCUGAAAAUAAUUACACAGAUAUUUGAAUGGCAUUAAAGCCUGUCGCCUGAGAUUUAAAGUAGACUCUUUCAGUGAUCAUGAAGUGACAGGAGUAUAUUUUCAGUUCUUAACAUGCACUUCACUCAGAAUAUUCUCUCUCAAACAAGUCAGAUCCUCUAUUUUUCUAUCAAUCUCUAUUUUUGUACAGUUUCUAUUCGACCAAAUUAGCAGACAAAGCUGCGUCACUGAAUUUAAUGGUGUAUUUUGUGUUGUAAUUUUGGCUGAUGAACAGAACAUUGGUGGAGUGGGUGAGAUAUACACACAUGUUCAUUGUACGUGUGCUCUGAGCUGUUUCAUGUGGAUUUCUGUUGCUGUAAAGAGAUUGUUUUGUUGUUUUUUUCAGUGUUUUCAACAGCAACCCUGUUUGAACCUGAAAAUAAAUAUCUUAUGAUUGUGUUAAAGUUCA